AUGUUUUAAAAGAAACAUUUGAUUAGAUGUCUAGAAUUACUUUCUAAUUAUGCUAAUUUAUAUCAGAAUUAUGUUUCUUUAGAUUUGCCUAUAAAAAUUAAUGAAACAAAAGUGCCAAAAUCUAUUGAACGGACAGUUUUCACUAAUUUAAUGAAAUAGCUAAGUUUAAUUUUCCAAAUUAAGGUUGUUUUUUUGUUAAAUUAAAGAAGUUCAAAAGAUUUCUUCGAUUUCUAGCUAAUAAUUUCAUACAAUAAAUGUAAUAGUAAUCGAUAGUUUGUAAGCAUAAGAUAUUGGAAUGUAAAGCAAUCAGAGGGAGAGGCAAAAGAUGGUUUAAUAUUGCUAAUUUAGAGAUAGUUUCAAUUAUAAUCUAUAGAUAAUGAUGAGUAAAAUAUACAAUUAAUUUAGAUGAAUUACCCUA